GGCGGCGCGCGCAGCCUGGCCUGUGCCCCAGCGCGCCCCCUCCCCGCACCCCUUGGUGGCGCGGGUCACCCUUCUCUGUAGCCCGCGGGGCUCCGGCUCCUGGGGCGCGGCGAGGUAGCCGACGCGGGACUCCCCUUGGGCGCGCCCCCCACCUCUAGGCCGCCUGGGGCGCCGUCCUCUCCAAAUGAGCGAGCCUCUGCAAACUUUAUUUUGCAAGCUCUGUUCCCUAGGGGAAGGUCCUGCGACCCUCAGUGAGGGGCUGCGUGUGGAUUUUAGUGAAACUCACUAGUCAGUAGAUGUGUGUGUGUGUGAGGGUGUGUGUGUGUGUACAGAGCAACUUUCUCAGAAAUCCCACCCCCUCAUUCCCUUGAAUGCCUUGUGCACCCUCACCCCCAUGGAGGUCCUAUGUACCCCCCUCUGAGGUUCUAAGGAGGACUUCGUUUGACUCAGACCCUGGCUCCCCCCAUUUUCUCUCUUCCCAGAAGCAGGAAGAGAUAACACGUGAAAGUUGUCCCUGAGCACCCAGUGAUGCGCUUCCUCUUUCUGUGUCUUUUUCCCCUCUCAGGCAGCGUAGCCUUCUCCAUCAUCCUGACCCAGGGAGGGAGAAGUGUCAGGAGGAAACUCCUCACCCCAAUCUGCCCCACCACACACCCAUUGGCUCACCUCAUGCCUGAGCCCCGGGUGGGUGAGGGUGAAGAACCCACCCAGCCAAGAUGAAAUCUUCCCUGGGGGCUGCCGCCGCCACUGUCUUGCCCCAGAUCCUGGGGCCCUGCAGGUGGGAGACUGGUCCUGGAAGGAGCCCUGUGAGCCGGCUGCAGAGGAGGUGAAGAGGGUUAAGAAGAGGCACCCACCCCAUCCCAUCCCAGAGGCGGAGCUCCUUGCCUUCACCCUUGUAGACUUGUUUAGGAGAGAAGGACCUGUUUGCAGGCAGCAGGAGACUGGACAGUAGUUUAACCUGGCACCUAUGCCCCCUUCCCUGGCAACGGCAGCAUCAUGAGCCAGUUUCAGGUGCCCUUGGCGGUCCAGCCGGACCUGUCAGGACUUUAUGAUUUCUCGCAGGGCCAGGUGAUGGUAGGGGGCUUCCAGGGGCCUGGGCUUCCUAUGGCUGGGAGUGAGACCCAACUGCGAGGGGGUGGAGAUGGGCGGAAGAAAAGGAAACGGUGUGGGACCUGCGAUCCCUGCCGACGGCUGGAAAACUGUGGGUCUUGUACCAGCUGCACCAAUCGUCGCACACACCAGAUCUGCAAACUCCGCAAGUGUGAGGUGCUGAAGAAAAAAGCGGGGCUUCUUAAGGAGGUGGAAAUAAAUGCUCGUGAAGGAACGGGGCCCUGGGCACAAGGGGCGACUGUCAAGACAGGCUCAGAGCUCAGCCCAGUUGAUGGACCUGCUCCAGGUCAGAUGGACUCAGGGCCAAUGUACCAUGGAGAUUCAAGGCAGCUAAGCACCUCAGGGGCGCCGGUCAAUGGUGCUAGAGAGCCCGCCGGACCCGGUCUUCUGGGAGCUGCGGGUCCUUGGCGGGUAGACCAGAAGCCCGACUGGGAGGCUGCCUCAGGCCCUACUCACGCUGCUCGUCUGGAAGAUGCCCACGACCUGGUGGCCUUUUCGGCCGUGGCCGAAGCUGUGUCAUCUUACGGGGCCCUUAGCACCCGGCUCUAUGAAACCUUCAACCGUGAGAUGAGUCGUGAGGCUGGGAGCAACGGCAGGGGCCCCCGGCCUGAGAGCUGCUCUGAGGGCAGUGAAGACCUGGACACGCUGCAGACAGCCCUGGCUCUUGCAAGGCAUGGCAUGAAACCACCCAACUGCACCUGCGAUGGCCCAGAGUGCCCCGACUUCCUCGAGUGGCUGGAGGGCAAGAUCAAGUCUAUGGCCAUGGAGGGAGGGCAGGGGCGGCCCAGGCUCCCAGGUGCUCUGCCUCCCAGUGAGGCUGGCCUCCCAGCCCCUAGCAGCAGACCGUCACUCCUUAGCUCUGAGGUCCCCCAGGUACCUCCCCUGGAGGGCUUGCCUCUGUCCCAGAGCGCGCUGAGCAUUGCCAAGGAAAAAAACAUCAGCCUGCAGACAGCCAUCGCCAUCGAGGCCCUCACACAGCUCUCCUCCGCCCUCCCUCAGCCUUCUCAUUCCACCUCCCAGGCUUCUUGUCCACUCCCUGAGGCCUUGUCCCCUUCUGCCCCUUUCAGGUCUCCCCAGUCCUACCUCCGGGCCCCCUCAUGGCCUGUGGUUCCCCCAGAGGAACAUCCACCCUUUGCUCCUGACAGCCCAGCCUUCCCUCCAGCAACCCCAAGACCUGAGUUUUCUGAAGCAUGGGGCACUGACACCCCUCCAGCGACACCCCGGAACUCCUGGCCUGUACCUCGCCCAAGCCCUGAUCCUAUGGCAGAACUGGAGCAGCUAUUGGGCAGCGCCAGUGAUUAUAUCCAGUCAGUAUUCAAGCGGCCUGAGGCCCUGCCCACCAAGCCCAAGGUCAAGGUUGAGGCCCCCUCUUCCUCCCCUGCUCCGGUACCAUCUCCUAUUUCUCAGAGGGAGGCUCCCCUGCUGUCUUCAGAGCCUGACACCCACCAGAAGGCCCAGACAGCCCUUCAGCAACAUCUUCACCACAAGCGCAACCUAUUCUUGGAACAGGCCCAAGAUGCCUCCUUCCCUACUUCCACAGAGCCUCAGGCUCCCGGUUGGUGGGCCCCACCAGGCUCACCUGCCCCACGGCCUCCUGACAAACCACCCAAGGAAAAGAAAAAGAAGCCCCCCACCCCUGCUGGAGGUCCCGUGGGAGCAGAGAAAACCACUCCCGGGAUCAAGACCAGUGUCCGAAAGCCCAUUCAGAUCAAGAAAUCCAGGUCCAGGGACAUGCAGCCCCUCUUCCUGCCUGUCAGGCAGAUUGUUCUGGAAGGGCUAAAACCCCAAGCCUCAGAAGGACAGGCGCCGUCCCCGGCCCAGCUCUCUGUCCCACCUCCCGCCUCCCAGAGCGGUGCCACCCCUCUGACCCCAGAACCUUCUCUUGCGCUAUUUGCACCUAGCCCCUCCGGGGACAGCCUGCUGCCCCCUACUCAGGAAAUGAGAUCCCCCAGCCCCAUGGUAGCCCUGCAGUCAGGCUCCACUGGUGGCCCCCUUCCCCCUGCCGAUGACAAGCUGGAGGAGCUCAUUCGGCAAUUCGAGGCUGAAUUUGGGGAUAGCUUUGGGCUUCCCGGCCCACCUUCGGUGCCCAUUCAAGAACCUGAAAACCAAUCAACAUGUCUCCCAGCUCCGGAGAGCCCUUUUGCCACCCGCUCCCCCAAGAAGAUCAAGAUUGAGUCCUCAGGGGCCGUGACUGUGCUCUCAACCACCUGCUUCCAUUCAGAAGAGGGGGGACAGGAGGCCACGCCCACCAAGGCUGAGAACCCACUCACACCAACCCUCAGUGGCUUCUUGGAGUCCCCUCUAAAGUACCUAGACACACCUACUAAGAGUCUGCUGGACACACCGGCCAAGAAGGCUCAGUCCGAGUUCCCUACCUGCGAUUGUGUCGAACAAAUAGUGGAGAAAGACGAAGGCCCAUAUUACACUCAUCUGGGAUCUGGCCCCACAGUAGCCUCUAUCCGGGAACUCAUGGAGGAUCGGUAUGGAGAAAAGGGGAAAGCUAUCCGGAUUGAAAAGGUCAUCUACACGGGCAAGGAGGGGAAGAGUUCUCGAGGCUGUCCCAUCGCCAAGUGGGUGAUCCGAAGACACACACUGGAGGAGAAGCUGCUGUGCCUGGUGCGGCAUCGGGCAGGCCACCAUUGUCAGAACGCCGUGAUUGUUAUCUUGAUCCUGGCCUGGGAGGGCAUCCCUCGAAGCCUUGGAGACACCCUCUACCAGGAGCUUACUGAUACCCUCCGGAAGUACGGCAACCCCACCAGCCGGAGAUGUGGCCUCAAUGAUGACCGGACCUGUGCUUGCCAAGGCAAAGACCCUAACACCUGCGGUGCCUCCUUCUCCUUCGGCUGUUCCUGGAGCAUGUACUUCAACGGCUGCAAAUAUGCUCGGAGCAAGACGCCACGAAAGUUCCGCCUCACGGGAGACAAUCCGAAGGAGGAGGAGGUGCUCCGGAAUAGCUUUCAGGACCUGGCCACUGAAGUUGCUCCCCUCUACAAGCGGCUCGCACCCCAGGCCUAUCAGAACCAGGUGACCAAUGAGGAUGUGGCGAUCGACUGCCGCCUGGGGCUGAAGGAAGGGAGACCCUUCUCAGGGGUCACAGCCUGCAUGGACUUCUGUGCCCACGCCCACAAGGACCAACAUAACCUCUACAAUGGGUGCACUGUGGUCUGCACCCUGACCAAGGAAGACAAUCGCUGCGUGGGCCAGAUCCCUGAGGACGAGCAACUGCACGUGCUGCCCCUCUACAAGAUGGCCAGCACGGAUGAGUUUGGCAGCGAGGAAAACCAGAACGCCAAGGUCAGUAGCGGGGCCAUCCAGGUGCUCACAGCAUUCCCCAGAGAGGUCCGGCGGCUGCCUGAGCCUGCCAAGUCCUGCCGCCAACGGCAGCUGGAAGCCAGGAAGGCGGCGGCCGAGAAGAAGAAGCUGCAGAAGGAGAAACUGAACACGCCAGAGAAGAUCAAGCAGGAGGCCCUGGAGUUGGCUGGAGUCACCACGGACCCAGGCCUGUCUCUGAAGGGUGGAUUGUCCCAGCAAAGCCUGAAGCCCUCCCUCAAGGUGGAGCCUCAGAACCACUUUAGCUCCUUCAAGUACAGCGGCAAUGCGGUGGUGGAGAGCUACUCGGUGCUGGGCAGCUGCCGGCCCUCCGACCCCUACAGCAUGAGCAGUGUGUAUUCCUACCAUUCGCGCUAUGCACAGCCUGGCCUGGCCUCCGUCAAUGGCUUCCACUCCAAGUAUACACUUCCCUCCUUUGGCUACUAUGGCUUUCCAUCAAGCAACCCUGUCUUCCCCUCCCAGUUCCUGGGUCCCAGUGCCUGGGGGCAUGGGGGCAGCGGAGGCAGUUUUGAGAAGAAGCCAGAUCUCCAUGCUCUACACAACAGCCUGAACCCGGCCUACGGUGGUGCUGAGUUUGCCGAGCUGCCAGGUCAGGCUGUUGCCACAGACAACCACCACCCCAUCCCUCACCACCAGCAGCCUGCUUACCCAGGCCCCAAGGAAUAUCUGCUACCCAAGGUCCCCCAGCUCCACCCAGCAUCCAGGGACCCCUCUCCCUUUGCUCAGAGCUCCAGUUGCUACAACAGAUCCAUCAAGCAAGAGCCAAUAGACCCUCUGACCCAGGCUGAGUCCAUUCCCAGAGACUCUGCUAAGAUGAGUAGAACACCCUUGCCAGAAGCAUCUCAGAAUGGGGGACCCAGUCAUCUAUGGGGACAGUACUCAGGAGGCCCAAGCAUGUCCCCGAAGAGGACUAACAGUGUAGGUGGCAACUGGGGCAUGUUCCCUUCGGGGGAAAGCCCUACCAUUGUUCCCGACAAGCUCAAUUCUUUUGGGGCCAGCUGUCUCACUCCUUCACACUUCCCAGAAAGCCAGUGGGGACUGUUCACUGGUGAAGGCCAGCAGUCGGCCCCCCAUGCUGGAGCACGGCUUCGAGGCAAGCCAUGGAGCCCCUGCAAGUUUGGGAACGGCACCUCGACCUUGACUGGUCCCAGCCUAACUGAGAAGCCAUGGGGGAUGGGAACCGGGGAUUUCAACCCCGCCCUGAAAGGUGGCCCUGGGUUCCAAGACAAGUUGUGGAAUCCUGUGAAGGUGGAGGAGGGCAGGAUUCCCACACCGGGGGCCAACCCGCUGGACAAAGCCUGGCAAGCCUUUGGCAUGCCCUUGAGCUCCAACGAGAAGCUAUUUGGGGCCCUGAAAUCAGAGGAGAAGUUGUGGGAUCCCUUCAGCCUGGAGGAAGGGACAGCUGAGGAGCCCCCCAGCAAGGGGGUAGUGAAGGAAGAGAAGAGCGGACCCGCGGUGGAAGAGGACGAGGAGGAACUGUGGUCGGACAGUGAACACAACUUCCUGGAUGAGAACAUAGGCGGGGUGGCCGUGGCCCCGGCCCAUUGCUCCAUCCUCAUCGAGUGUGCCCGGCGAGAGCUGCAUGCCACCACACCACUCAAAAAACCCAACCGCUGUCACCCCACCCGCAUCUCGCUGGUCUUCUACCAACACAAGAACCUCAACCAACCCAACCACGGGCUGGCGCUCUGGGAGGCCAAGAUGAAGCAGCUGGCGGAACGGGCGCGGCAGCGGCAAGAGGAGGCCGCACGCCUGGGCCUGGGCCAGCAGGAGGCCAAGCUCUAUGGAAAGAAGCGAAAAUGGGGGGGUGCUAUGGUGGCUGAGCCCCAGCACAAAGAAAAGAAGGGGGCUGUCCCUACCCGGCAGGCACUGGCCGUGCCCACAGACUCCGCGGUCACCGUGUCCUCUUACGCCUACACAAAGGUCACUGGCCCCUACAGCCGCUGGAUCUAGGUGCCAGGAGCCAGCGUACCUCAGCGUCGGGCCCGGCCCGAGCUGCUCUGUGGUGCUUUUGCCCUCAUACCCGGGGGCGGGUUGGGGGUGCAGAAGUCUCUCUAUAUCUACAUAUAUGGAUAUGCUUAUCAUAUAUAUGUAUUUAUGGUCCAAACCUCAGAACUGACCCGCCCUCCCUCCUCUUCUUCCCCAGCACUUUGAAGAAACUACGGCUGUCGGGUGAUUUUUUUUUUUUUUUUGAUCUUAAUAUUUAUAUCUCCACGUUUUAUUUUUCCCCUUGUUUUGAGGGGGCUUUUAUUUUCCUUUUGUUUUUAAAACUUUAUCCUUGUAUAUCACAAUAAUGGAAAGAAAGUUUAUAGUGUCCUUUCACAAAGGAGCGUAGUUUUAAA